UAUAUAUAUAUAAAUAUUUGCAUGUACAAUCUAAAUUUAAGUACAAUUUAUUCAACAUUGUUAAGUUACUUGACACAAUUCGACAAACCAAUGACAACUCGGUAGCUAAAGCUGCUUUAUAUGAACCACGUUGUACGAAUGCCUGUUUUGCAAGUCGUUAACGUAACUACAUAUCGUCGUAGUUUAAGAAUUUGGAACUAUUUUGAUCUCUCGAAAAAUCUUCUUGUUAUAAAAAGGAUCCCUUAAAGAAAGAAAAUGCAACGUCGUUCAAAAAACAGUCUUCCAUGAUUUUAUCGAAAAAUGCAUCGUUCAAUAAUUGAUUGUUCAGAAAUGAUUUCAGAGAAAAAUAUCAUAGAGUUAUAUGUGUAAUACAUGCUUUUUUUUUAUCAAGGUACUUUAAUAUGACACACUUUACGAAUUUAUACAUAUUCAUGUAUGUACUUGCAAAUGGAUGAGAAAUUGCUAGUCAUUGACGCCUAAUGUUCAUGUAAAUUUUGCAUCUGUCUGAAAAUAAUAGAAUAAUUUCACGUUCAUACAUGCAAUGAAAUUCGGAUUAAUUUUAGAAAUACUCAUUUUGAUUGAUAUCAAGGACUGUAUGAAAACGUUCAACGGUACAAAAUUCCUUUCACGAAAGGGAAAAUAUGUUUCGGGCCUUGAAGGAACAUCCCUUCAAAAAUGUACUUCUCACAUGCGAAUGUGAACUUGACUGUUCAACAUUUAAAUUUUCGCACGUAAAUAUUGUUUACUUGUUACAGUACAAUGUCCAAAGAUAAUAAAUUUCGUAGAUAAGGAUAGCUAUUAAUACGAUAACGGAGCAUAUAUCGUAAAUGCCACACUUUAAUAACAUUGAUUUGAACAAUUUUAAAUUCGUCGCAUUUAUUCAUUUAUUUAAUAUUUUAUCCUACAAUUUGUAUAACCUACACGUCAAUAAAAAAACUCUGAGGAAUAUAUUUAGAUUUAAAUAAAAAAUAUAAACGCGUCCUGAUUCCACAUCCGAUUUUGGAAAUCUGAGAAAAAUUCAUAUACAUGAGUCGUAUAUUCGAGCAACAGAAAUACAAGAGUGAUUAAGAUUAUUCGGAUAAGGCUGCCAUGUUUUUGCCCCACCGUUUUGUUAGAGUGAACGUGCAAUUCAUAAGAAGCGUAGCUUAUAUCAAUUCGACUAGUAACUACGCUGCUUUCACGCGAGUGUUAUCACCAAAAAUUUCCCAUCAGCCGUUCGAUAAUUCGAUACCUCUCUUCGUCAGAACGUUCAGCGUUUCCUCUGCAGCAAUGACGAAAAUACAGGCUGGAGCUGUCGUCGAUAUCUUAGGCGAUGAAAUGACAAGGGUGAUUUGGGAAUCUAUCAAAGAGAAACUUAUUUUACCAUAUUUAGACAUUGAACUUCAUACCUAUGACUUGGGUAUUGAAAAUCGGGAUGCUACUAAUGAUAAGGUAACUGUAGAAUGCGCAGAGGCUAUUAAGAAAUACAAUGUAGGAAUCAAAUGUGCCACUAUUACUCCAGAUGAAAAUAGAAUGAAAGAAUUUAAUUUGAAACAAAUGUGGAAAAGCCCGAACGGUACUAUCAGAAACAUCUUGGGUGGUACAGUUUUCCGAGAGCCCAUUCUCUGUAAAAACAUACCAAGAUUAGUGCAAACUUGGACCAAACCAAUUAUCAUUGGCAGACAUGCUCACGGAGAUCAAUACAAAGCUGUAGACUUUGUAGUACCUGGGCCAGGUAAACUGGAAAUCACAUGGACCGGAGAUAAUGGAGAGAAAAUUCAACACACUGUUCACAGCUUUAAAGGACCUGGAAUUGCACAAGCUCAGUACAAUACAGAUGAAAGUAUUUCAGCCUUUGCUCAUAGUUCUUUUCAAUAUGCUCUGUCAAGAGAGUAUCCCUUGUAUCUUUCCACAAAAAAUACUAUUCUUAAGCAGUAUGACGGUAGAUUUAAGAAUAUUUUCCAAGAAAUAUAUGAUAAAGAAUACAAAAACAAGUUUGAAGCUAGAAAAAUUUGGUAUGAACAUCGCUUGAUAGAUGAUAUGGUAGCAUAUGCAAUGAAGAGUGAAGGUGGCUUUGUAUGGGCUUGCAAGAACUAUGAUGGAGAUGUUCAAUCAGAUUCUGUAGCACAAGGCUAUGGAUCUCUAGGUCUAAUGACUUCAGUUUUAAUUUGUCCAGAUGGGCGUACCGUAGAAGCAGAGGCUGCUCAUGGUACAGUUACAAGACACUAUCGUCAGUAUCAGCAAGGGAAGGAAACUUCAACUAAUCCGAUUGCUUCUAUAUUUGCGUGGACAAGAGGUCUACUUCAUCGUGCAAAACUGGAUAAUAAUCAAGAUCUCAAAAAGUUCGCAGAAACGUUAGAAUCUGUCUGUAUUAGUACCAUCGAAUCAGGCUUUAUGACAAAGGAUCUAGCAGCUUGCAUCAAAGGCCUGAGUAAUGUUGUUAGAUCUGAUUAUUUAGAAACAUUCGAAUUUAUGGAUAAGUUAGCAAACAAUUUGCAGAAGCAAUUAAAAUGACUAUAUCAUGAUUUUUCUAAUAAAAUGUCGAAGUAUUAAUUUUAGACAGAAAAAAGGCAUUACUAUUGGUUAUGGGGAAAGAAAUUGCAUUUACUUACACAUGUUAUAUUGCAAAAAUAGAACACAAUGAACGAAAAUAAGAUUAAUAUAUUCUAAUAAUAUUUUAUAAAAAUACAUUCAUGAUUCUUGAUUUGAUAUCAUACAUGUAUAUUUACCUUUACAUUUAAAUGUUUAAAUAUUUAAACAACAAUUGUAAAUGACAUAAAAACGUUUAUUUUUUUCACCCUUUCUCUCAUGACAGGUAACAUGAUAAUCCUGUGUUAAAAUAUUUAAAUCAUUGAUACUUGAGCUCUUAUUUUACAAUGCAAUUAAUAAGUACCGUGUGAAUAUUUCUAAUCAUACGGUAUUUAUUAAUUGUAUGCAUUGUUGUUCGUUAUUGAAAUAACUAAAUUAGUAAUAGUAAAUAAUAAAAACAAUAACUUUUUAUGAUGUCAACUAAGCGAUAAUAUUAUACGAUGCUAAGCGAUGUAUUUUUUAAUACGCAAAAUAAAAUUAUUGCUUUACAUUUUAUAAUAAAAAUAUAUAUAUAAUUAUACAUAUAUUCUUUCGUUGUCCUUAUCUCUUUUUUAUUGGCGAGUAUAUAUGUAUAAAAUUAUAAAAGAAAUGAUUAUUAAUAUCUUAAUAUCUAGUACCAAUUUAUUAUACUUAGUUAUUUUAUCUUAUUCAACAAAUAUCUUGCAAAACUCAUAUCUUUUAUGAAUAUAAAUGAUUGAAUUAAUUAUAUGUAAUGAACGAAAAUUAAUAAUACGUAAGUAUAUAAAAGAAAAAAAAUUAAUUUUACGCUUUUUAUGGGUAAAAAAGGUUAUGCUUGGUUAUAAUAAUUUCAACAUCAUUUAUUCAUUAAUUAGUGAACAAUUCUUUAAGUUACAUAAUCAAUAAAAAAAGAAAGUAGCAAAAGAGUUUAUUUCAUUUUUGAGAAUUAAUUUCUCGAUAAUACAAUUUUUAUAAUUCUUUUGUACGUUCAUUCAUAAAUUAACAAUUAGUGCAAUAUAGUACCAUAAAAAGUAUGAAAUCAAUAUAUAUGUAAUUCUGACCUCUAUGUAUUUACAUAUUAAAAAAGCAAUUAAAAAAAAGAAAGUUGAAAAUGAUGUCAUAUAACUGUUGAAUUAACAUUUAGUAUUUUCUUUUAUGUUAAAUGAUAAUAACUAUCUUUGUUUUAUUACAAUUAUACUAUUUUAUAUAUUGUCAAAAAGUAUCUUAUUAAAUCAUUUUUCUCAUGUUUAAAUUGCGAAUUUUUAUGCAUUUACAGAAAAUUCUAACAUUCUAAAAUAUUUACGGAUAUAAUAUGAAAAAGAUAAAAUAUCUAAAGUGCCGUUCUGUUGAGGUUUUUUUCAAUUAAAUGCAAAUUUGCAAGUCUGUUGAUGUGAUCAUUGUAACAUUCAAUUUUUUCGAUUUAGCAUAAGAAGGGGAGAAAGAAAUAAAACACUCUGAAAGAAACAAAAAUCGAAAGUUUCUAUUUAAGUCAUGAUUCCAUAACACAAUAUAUAUUAUACAACAAUAACGUAUUCUUUAUCGAAAACUUUUUUAACCUUAGAAAGAAAAAGAAAACAAACAGGUUUUUGUUCUAAGAAUUCAAUAAACUGAACGAAGAGAAAAUCUUGAAUAUCGCGUGUCUUUGUAAAAUGAAGCACUGAAAACACUUAUUUUAUUGUAUAUUAAUUAUUAAAAAUUAAUUUUUCAACGAUGUAAUUUCGUAUUUGUACAGGUAAUAUUACUUAGUUUUCCGUGGUAUCGCGGAGUUCGCUAAACAUUGUGACACAAGCUGAGCAAACAGUGCCACGUCGACGAAGCUUAAGGAUUAUUAUUAUAGAUCGAGCAAAAAUUAAUAAUUUAUAACUAGUUUUCAUUAUUAUUCUAAUAAGAAACAUUCAAGAUAGCGGCAGUGAUACACAAGCUUAAGUGUUUUAUUAUUCAUCUUACCUCUACGUAACUUCGUUACUGUGUUACUCAUUACUCUACUACCCGUAUGAAAAAUUAACGAUCGAAAAAAACAGUUAAGACUGACUGAAUCGUCUCGCACGAGGCCGAGUGUCGUAAAGUGGAAGUUCCUCUACAAAAUAUUGCAGCAAAAAAGUAGUUGCAAAGCUAGUUCGCAUGAAUUCGCAUAUACCCGAUACGGAUGCAUUUUUCACCGAUGAGAUAACUUGUCGCCUCCUUCGUUUAACGAGUUUAACCAUCGUCAUUCGUACCCGUCGGUCCAUUCUCUUCUCCUGCAGUCGUGUUGCGAGGGCUGCAGGAGAAACCAGCCGGAGGAAGUGGGGGCGCGUGAGGAGCGUGUGGAUACCAGAAUCAGAAUUGGAAUUGCAGAUGGCGCCUGACCUGCGCCACUUCGCCUCGCCAUCGUUCUGUCCGAGUUGGUGAAAGAGGAGGGAGGGGCUGGUUUUUUUUUUGCUCGUAGUCUUUCCACGAUUCAUCCUCCGUUCCGUCGGCCACUGUUAGCGCCGAUGACGAGGUAUUCGAAGAUAAAUCGUGAGGUACCGAGAGAUAAAUCGAAAGCUAACCGUGUCGAGGGAGAGAGAGAGAGAGAGAGA